ACGUCAUCUGUGUUGUUUAUUCCAACCUCAAAUAGCCACCGUUUAAUUGAUUUUUUUAAAUACAAACAAAGGUAUAAUGAACUGGGACGAAGAUGUAGAUUUGUUACCAAAUAAAAAGUCUGCCACCAAACACGGUAGACGGGCCAGUAAUACACCAGGAACUCCAGAGGAAGUUUUGGACGGUUCAGGGUCAAACAAUACUCCUGAUGUUCCAAUAAGAACUAGGAAAACUGGCGGGUGGGCUGUUGAGGGCACAAAAUCUAGCAAGACAAAGGGGCCGAAUAUCAUGGAACAGGAACGUUUCCAAAAUGAAAAAGGACAUGAGUCUGACGAUGACAUUCCAGUGAUACCUGAUAUUGAUGAUAUGCCAGAUGAUCCUCUGAAUUUACCAGAUGUUAAAGUUCCAAACAUGACUGUGAAAGAGUCAACCUAUAAAGAGCUAGAUUCUCAAUUUGAAACCGGACAACCGAACUUUGGAAAUAUAGGGGAUAUUGACUUAUCAAUUUUAACUAGCAGGCUUUAUCCUGAGAAGGAAGUACAGAGGUGUACUGAAGUUUGGACUAUGGAAUCUUUGUACCAAGAUCUUGCUAAACAGUAGACAGUAGUAGAUUAUGAUGCCUUAGUGUUAGUGCCUUCAUUUGUACUAACUAUUUGGAAUGAUAUUAAUCAGUUAUUUAUAUUAUGAAUAAUAUUUUUUGUAUAUUACGAAGAAAUAGUAAUAAUGAAACAGUUUCUUAUUAGAAAUUUAAGUCGUUUCAUAAAUGCAAAAGAUGGAGCACAAUAGAAAAAGUGAAAAAAUUGCUGGACAUUUUUCCCCAUUUUUAAUAGUAUAAUAAAUAUUGCGAACAUUCAUGCAAAGCUUGGAACAGCUGAAGUUCUUGCCCAUUUUCCCUAAAUUUCAAUAAAAAAGUCGCAUUCAAAAGUCAUUUUUUUAUCGCUUUAUUAAAUAAAUAAAUCACUUUAA